UCCAGGGCCAGUUAGAAACUCAUCCCAAACUCUCUAACAACAGCAACUUCUUUUCCUUUCUUUCUUACAACAUUAAUUCAAUCUCUCUAUCUACUUGAUCUCCGGACAACCACCAUGGUUCUCUCCAAGACCGCUUCUCAGUCCGACGUCUCCGUCCACUCAACCUUCGCCUCGCGAUAUGUUCGCGAUUCCCUUCCCAGGUUCAAGAUGCCGGAGAACUCGAUUCCGAAGGAGGCAGCCUACCAGAUCAUAAACGACGAGCUGAUGUUGGACGGGAACCCGAGGCUGAAUCUGGCGUCCUUCGUCACGACAUGGAUGGAGCCGGAGUGUGAUAAGCUGAUAAUGGCUUCCGUUAACAAGAACUACGUGGACAUGGAUGAGUACCCCGUCACCACUGAGCUACAGAACCGGUGCGUGAACAUGAUCGCGCAUCUUUUCAAUGCGCCGUUGGGCGAUGGGGAGGCGGCUGUUGGUGUCGGCACCGUCGGUUCGUCCGAAGCCAUAAUGCUGGCCGGAUUGGCGUUCAAGAGGAAAUGGCAGAACAAGAUGAAAGCGCUGGGCAAACCCUGCGACAAGCCCAACAUUGUCACGGGCGCCAACGUUCAAGUGUGCUGGGAGAAGUUCGCCCGUUACUUUGAAGUCGAGCUCAAGGAAGUGAAACUGAGAGACGGAUACUAUGUUAUGGACCCGGAGAAGGCGGUGGAGAUGGUGGACGAGAACACCAUCUGUGUGGCCGCAAUCCUCGGCUCCACCCUCAACGGGGAGUUUGAAGACGUCAAGCGUCUGAACGACCUCUUGAUCGAGAAGAAUAAAGAAACAGGGUGGGACACACCAAUCCAUGUGGAUGCAGCGAGUGGUGGAUUCAUUGCACCAUUUUUGUACCCAGAAUUGGAGUGGGAUUUCAGGUUGCCUUUAGUGAAAAGUAUUAAUGUGAGUGGGCACAAGUAUGGGCUGGUGUAUGCAGGUAUUGGGUGGGUGAUUUGGAGGAGCAAAGAGGAUUUACCUGAAGAGCUCAUCUUCCACAUUAACUAUCUUGGGGCGGAUCAGCCCACUUUCACACUCAACUUCUCUAAAGGUUCUAGUCAAGUAAUUGCUCAGUACUACCAACUUAUUCGCUUGGGUUAUGAGGGGUACCGUAACAUCAUGGAGAACUGCCAAGAAAACGCUAUGGUCCUAAAGGCCGGCCUGGAGCGGACCGGCCGGUUCAACAUUGUGUCGAAAGACAACGGUGUGCCCUUGGUGGCCUUCAGCCUCAAGGACAAUAGCCGCCACAACGAGUUUGAAGUCUCGGAGACGCUCCGCCGAUUCGGGUGGAUCGUCCCCGCUUACACCAUGCCGCCUGACGCGCAGCACGUGACCGUUCUGCGUGUCGUUAUCCGCGAGGACUUCUCUCGGACCCUAGCGGAGAGGCUUGUUUUGGAUAUCGAGAAAGUUCUGCACGAGCUCGACUUGCUCCCAGCUAGGGUUACGGAGAAGCUAAUUGGCGGCGCUGCAGACCCCGUACCUGUGGAGGAGCACCACCCCGCCGUUGUUAAGAAGACCGCCAUCGAGGUGCAGAGGGAGAUCACGGCGGCUUGGAGGAAGUUCGUUGCUGACAGGAAGACUAAUGGCGUUUGCUAAUUAAAUUGAAUAGUAGACCUAGCGAUGAUGAUACAAUGCACUUGUGAUUUUUGAAUGUGGACAUAUAUAUGAUGUGAGAAGCUAAUGAGCGUAAUAAAUAGUUGAUUUAUAUACUUUUUGGAUUUAUGUAAUUAGAGAAUAAUGAGUUUGUACUCUUAUUAUAAUAAGUUAAUAUUAUGUAUCAAUUUUAACGAAUUAAUUAUAUUAUCAAUGAGAUUUAAUA